AUGCUCCCCUAUCAACACACGAAGCUUCUUGAAAAUCCGCAGUUCCAGAAGUGGACCACCGCAGUUACAAAAGGAUACAAGAAGAAUUCCGAAGCGGCUGGACGGUCGAUGGCCUCCACCUUGGCAUCUCAAUACGGCGAUGAAGCACUGGCAAAGAUGAUCGUGGAGGCGAAAAACGUACCGAGCACUGAGAACAUUCCUGCCAAGCUAGAGGAAGGUUUGACGAAGAACCGGCUGAGCCAGAGAAAAACUCCAGACGCCUUGCUUCGGGAUUUGAACUUUAACAAGUUCGGGCAUAUUUCUUUAUGGAGACCUGCGAUAGACACUGGGAGGAAGUACCUGGAAGGGAGCCAAGCAGACGAACGGAUGUAUAAGGUACUUCGAGCGUCCUACGGUGACGAUGAGCUGGCUAUGAUGCUUACUGGGUGGAGGAGGUACCUUGCGGACGAUGUAGCUAAGCGGUUGGAAGAAAUUCAGCACAAGGCCCUGCUGGGUGAGGGGAAGGACGCAAAGGCAAUGUUCACUAUUCUCAAACUGAACAGUGAAGGCGAGAAACGUUUUGAGAGCCCAGCGUUUAGUACAUGGACCAGUUACGUGACUAAACAGGAUGCCCAGAACGCAGAUAAAUUGAUGCUAUCGGCAUUGAAGACGACCUACGACGAUGGUGUCCUGGCCAAAAUGUUUCUUGCAGCAAAGGAGAGCGCAGAUACGAAGGUCAUUGCUGGAAAGCUGGAGCAGGCUCAGAUUACGGAUUGCUGA